GCCCGUUUUGUUCGAGUGAAACGCAACAUUCUCAGUUGUGUAUUCGUCAGAGCUGAACUGAGGUAUUGAGUAGUGAUUUCUCGUUUCAUUCAAGUUGAAAUUGUUGAAUUGUUCAUUACAGAUACUUCAUGUCAAAGUUUAAGCGGAACACAUAUAAAAUAAUAAAAUGUCUUAUCUAAGUAACAUAUAAGGCACUACUAUCUACCUACAAAUACUACUACCUAAUUAUAUAAUUAAAAGAUAAACAACGUACUGGAAAAACGUAAAGUCUAAACAAGAAGUAAUAUAAAAUACUUCUACAGCUACAUAAAAUAUUCAAAUUUCUAAAUUAAGUAAGGAAAACUUUGAAUUAACCGUUAGGUGUACAGCUAAUACACGUUAUAACGAGUUACCACAAACAAAAGAGCGCAUAUAAAAUUUAAAAGAGAGAAGACUUGUUCAUAACACAUGCAACUCAUGUCAAAAUGUCCGAGGAAAGCAAUACAGUGAGUUGUGAUGCCGCCAUCACUAACACCAACACCGCCACCACGAGUGAGCCAACAACAGUGUCGGCCACGAAAGCCCAAACAGAGCCAGCCGCUGCUAAUACGGCUGAGCCUGUUGAUAUUGAAGAUUUAGAAGACGGUGAAAUUGAUGAUGACGAGGAUGAUAAUGAUGUUAUUAUUACAAAUGCAACAACAAGUAGUGCAAAUAAUGCGAGUGCCAGCGCAGGAACGACUGCUAACGAUAUUAGCGGCACAACACAAAAACCACACCUUAGCGCCGAUGCGGUGGCGAAAAUACCGAUAAUUGACUUAUCGCAUGAGCACACGCCAUCGCCCACAACUGUAACGGGUGGCGGCAACAACAAUAAGGAUGCGUCCUCCAAGUCACGCAGAAACAAAAAGGGUCUGCCGCCAGCAGAUGAUUACAUGGAGGAGGUGGAGAAAUCUCUGUCAAAUAUUUUAAAUAAAGCGGGAGUUAAGCCGCAAAUACCCAAAUGUUUGGAAUCACGUCAACAGGACACGAAAGACAAUGACGCGCCUGCGCCCGGUCACGGACAGAGUAGAAGUAGUAGGCGCAGAAAGCGUAAAAAGCAACGCGAUGAGAGAGAGAAAGAAAAAGAACGCAAGGAUAAGGAUAAAUCACGUUACAUGUCACCGGAGCCUUUUAAUGGCGCUGCACCAGCCGACGAUGAUGAAGACGACUUUGAAAUGUUGAAUGUGGUCGGUGGUAGUCCUUCCAGCACGCCCACGCCCAAAUUUGCACCGCCCAGUUAUCCCGUUUACGACUCGGCUGAUGAUUCGUACACAUCGUACGACAGUGCUGACUCGUUGGAUGGCGGUGGCGAAAGAGGUGGUGGCGGAGAUACCAAGCGCCGGCGCAGACGCAAUAAAAAGGACCGCAAACGUGGACGCGAUCGUCGCGCCCGCAGUCGUGACGAUAACGCACGUGGUGGAAUACCAGAAAAGCGCUCACGGCGCGACUCAAACGAUGACAAACAUCGCCAGGAGCCACGCAAAAUGGAGCUAUGUAAAUUCUAUCUGAUGGAGUGUUGUGCCAAAAAAGAUAAAUGUUCCUACAUGCAUUCGGAUUUUCCAUGCAAAUACUAUUAUCUCGGCAUGGAGUGUCCCAAUCGUGAAACGUGUAAAUUUAUGCACGAAGCGCCGUUAUCUGAGCAACUGCGCAAUAUACUGCUGAAGCAUUUAGAAACCGCGCCAAAAGAGAUACUCGGCAAUUUUAAAAGAAUGUCACGCGAAAAUGCUAUCGCUUUGAUGACUAAACGGAACGAAGAAUUAUGCAAGGAAUAUAAAGUCGAGAAUACUUGGUCUACAAUAGUCAAUAUAUCGACGGGUAAUAAUCGACGCGGCAAUCAAGGUGGCUCUAAUAAUUCAACAAAUGAUCAUCACCAACAUCAAAGCCAACCACAGCAGCAACAACAGCCAUACAAUAAUAUACCCUCACUUUUCGAUAUUGUUGUCAAGCCACCAGUGUCGCUGUUGAGUGUGGACAAGCAUCGUAAAUCACGUUGGGCAGAUUCGCCCACACGCGAGCCAACACCGCCAGCACCAGCGCCAGAGAAUAACACAAGCGCACAACUGCCAAGCUAUUUGGAUUUGAAAAAUCUCGAAGGCAUCAUGAAAACGGAACACAUACAAAAGCUUACGCAGUUGGGUAUAACCAAUUUGCAGGAGAUCAAUCAGUUUACAUUCGGUCAACUGCAAAAGAUCGGCAUUGACUUUGUAGAGAUCAGCGAAGUACAGAAGAAAGUGCAAAGCAAAAUGGAAAAUAAGGAAGGCAAGGAUGAUGAGGACAAUGUUCCUACAACACGCGAUGUUGAUAUGCGUUCUAUUCCUAGUGCCACAACAACAACGACCAUGGAAACAUUACCCGCGAUCUCGCCGUCAACGCGCCUGAACCUUAAUAUGGAUUUGGACUCGAAUAGUAAUAACAGCGGUGUUAUGCGUUUCGAAUAUUCACAAUAUUUAAAGGAUUCGAAUUUAGCCUUCGAUCGCAUUGAUGCAUUUGAAGAUGAACGUGACGAAGAGCAGCUAGUCAUCGAUGAUGGCAACAUGGAAAAUGAAGAGAAUGCACGUGCGACAACAACAACAACUAAUGAAAAUGACGCUGUGCAUGAUGAGCCACCGAAGACUAGCGAUCUGGCGUUCCGACUAGGCAUGCACUUGAAUCCUUACAAUCCCUUCCGAACGAACCCGCCCGAUUACAAAAAGAGCGAAGAUAAAUCACUCUCCAAUAGCACCAGUAGUCAUAUUGGUUACCAGCACCACAACGAACGGCGACGCCGCUCUCGUUCGCGGUCCCGUUCUCCUACGCGUUCACGUUCGCGCUCACGUUCACGCUCACAAACACCAACACGCACACAAUCCACCACACCCGAAGCCUCCGAUUCGGCUGACAAUGAUGAUGGGCCCAGCAGCAAAAGCAAGCAACCAGUUUACGAGCGCAAAACAAUGUACGACUUCAAUGCCAUACAAGCCGAAGAGGAUGAACGCAAGCUGUCGGAGCGCAGCAUGAAAAACGACAAAGAUAUGCGUUAUUUGGGAGGUAGCAUAUUACCGCUAGACGGUGUCAUGAACUACACACCAGCCACCGAAAUCGACGGCUCCAUCUCGUCCCACCUGCCGCGUACAUAUAAAGUGCAUGAGUUCGCCAUGCCACCAGCAAAUUAUGGGGAUUUACGACGCAGUUUGCGUGCCACCACGCACACGGCCGAUCCGCGUGUACGUCGCAUACUCGGCCUACCCGAAACACGCGCCACCACUGUGGCACUAAAGCGCUCCGGACGCAAACUUAGCAACACCAUAGCCUCACCCGAAGCUGACGAGUCGCCCAAAUACUACACGCCACCCAGCACGCUCACCGCCAGCACGAUGCCCAGUGAACGCCGCACCAAAGAGCGACGCACAAGUGUUAGCAAACCUACACCGGCGCCAACAACAACAACAACAUCACGCACAGAUCCACGUUUAGAUCCCAGAUGUGCGGCGGCCUCAGCGGCAACCGCCGCCGCUGCCAAAGCGAACGAAGCCGAGAAGUCAAGCGCUGCCAGCGCUGCGGGUGGCGCCGGUAAUGCCGCUGGCGAUGGCAUAAAUGCGGAAAUAACGGGCUUGGGUAAGACGAUGCGCGAAAAAAUGCAAAGUUCCGAUUGGUAUCGCAAAUUGAACUCGAACAUGAAGAUACAGUACAAUCAAGAAUUGGCGCGUCUAAUCACUGAGCUGCGACGCUUCCAUCAAGACACAUCGCCCGAUAAGAAUUUCAAUUUCAUCAAUUGCAAUAAGAAAAUCAUCGACGAUAUACUAAUACAGCUGGGCAUUUUCAUUGAUGAAAAUGGCGAGGUGAACAAAAUCGAAUCCGACAAAUCCGAAGAAGCGGACAUGAACGCGAAUGCCGAAGCGCGUGUCGACUUCAUGCAACAAUCGGAUUUCCCACAUCCACAGCUGAAUUUGCCCAAUGCGGGCUUUGGUUUCCCCAACGAUUUUCGCUUCCCACCGCCGCUCCUUGGCGGUGGUCUGGUGGUGCCACGGCUGCCACUAGCCGCAGCCGCUUCCGGCAUAAGUGCACGCCUAGAUGCGCCCAGCUUGCUCGGCAUGCCGCCAAUGUCAUUCAAUCCAUUCGGCUCUAAUGCGGGCAAUUUCCAAGCUGGCGGACCCGGCCAAAUGCCCUUUGGUUUCCUAAACUUCCAACAGCAGAUGGGUGGCGGCGGCGGCGGAGGUGGUGGUCCCGGUAAUUUCAAUAUGGGCGGCGGCCAUAAUCGACGCAACCCGCACAAUCGUCGCAAUUUCAUUUAACAAGCGAAAGUGUGUAGUGACGAUGAAGCAGCGGGGCAAAUUUAAAUGCAAACAACAACAAUGCUUAAUGCAAGACUUAAAUAGUUAUAAAUUAAAGUUAGUUACUAGUGUAAAUAUAUAACUAAAUAUGAUUUAAAUGUUAAGAGAGCAAUUACUACGCAUUAAGUGCAUAAGUACAUAGAAGUGUGCGUGGCGCAUGCGCGAAUUUCGUACAGUGAAGCGUGCAGCGCAAAUGUGUUGGCAUAAUUUUAAAUUAUUACUAUUAAUUUUUUUCCGUAAACACUUAUUUUAUUGCAACGAAACGUCAAUGGAUUUGUUAAAGUAAGAACUUUGAAUAACGUUUUAAACUAGAAAAUAUUUAAAAUACAUAUAAAGAAAACUAUUUCCAUAAUUUUUACGUCUCAAUAAAUAAAUAUGUAUGUAACAUAUGUACGUACAUAAAUGCGUAUUAAAAAAUACAAAUAAUGUGUGCAUUUGUUUGUUUUGCUGAGAGCAGCGUUCCGCAAACUAAAAUUGAAAAGUGAGAGAAAAAGCAAGAAGGCUUGUGGAGGUUGAACAGAUGUUAUAAAGCGUUCGAAAGACCCAAAUUAUUAUUUUUUAUUUACCUACUUGUUUAUUUUUUUUUUUUAGUGUACAAAAAAUAUUAAAUAAAAUGCAAAAAAUAAACAAAUAAAAUAAAAAUUUGAUAAAGGAAUAAAAUGAGUAAAGUAAAAAUGUGAUAUAUAGUUGAAAAGUAAAUAAAUAAAAAAGUAAAGCAAAGUAAAAACCUUAUAUACUCAAAAAACAAAAAAAAAUUAUAAAAUAAAAAAAUUAAAUGAAAUAAACCAAAAAUAAAUAACUAUAAUAGAAAAAUAAAAAAAUAGACAAAGUAAAUAUUUAAUAAAUAAAUAAAAAA